AUGUUGCCCUCAUCGGUGCGGCGCGUGGUCGCCUCGACGCCUCAGUCCCCUAUCGUUGCCUCCCUCAGCGCAUCCGCUCCGAGAGCGGCUGUUGCAACCUUUACCCUGCAGCAGGUCCAAAGACCCGGUGGACACCAGAGACGAUGGUCCUCGUCCAGUCCCUCGAGUCCCAAUAACAACGGCUCCAAGGAGACGCCUGGCCAGAACGUCCAUGCCUCGACCUCAUCGAGCUCAAACAACAAGGCCAGCGGCGAGAAGCGGAAACGAAAGAGCAAGGAUAGCGCCGAGAAGGAUGUCGCGCAAAAGUUGCCCAGCGUGCCUAGCACACAACAUCUGUCUCAAGAGGCCUUGGGGUUGUCGACCUUUUUCUCGCUUCACCGGCCGAUAUCUGUGACCCACAGCAUGCCCAAGACUGUGACCGACGAGGCUUUCGCCACCAUUUUCAAGCCCCGAACCAAGGCCAACAAGACCACUGACGUUAUCUCCACGCUAUCACGGACGACUGACGACCUCGAGGGUGCCAUGGCUAAGAUGACCAUCACAAACCAGGAGGCCGAUGCUUCAGGCGAGCCCGUCCAGAAGAUCGAUCUUAAGCAUCCCGAUGGCAGCGAGUCGAGCGUAUACGUCCAGCUAAACGCCAUGGCUGGCCAGUUCAUUCCCUUCCGCCCGCCUCCUCCGCCAGAGCAGAUGGGUGCCGCUGACGCACACGCCGAGUCUGCUAUCGAGGACAUCGUUGAGGAAGUUCCUCAUCACCGUGUCUACAAAGCUAUGUUCACUAUCGAGGAGACCACCGAUGCCGACGGCCAGGUUCAGGUUCUCGCACACAGCCCCAAGAUUAUGCAAGACGAGGCCCCCCGUUCGUUUCUUGAACGGAUGGCCCUGCGUCAAAUGAGGUUUGACGAGGCGCAAGGCCACGAUACCAUGCAGGCCAUUAGCGUCAAGCGUCAGCGCAAGAUUAAGAUGAAGAAGAAGAAGUAUAAGAAGCUGAUGAAGCGCACGCGCAACCUGCGCCGCAAGCUGGACAGAAUAUAA